AUGGGGAACCAGCUCGCUGGCAUCGCUCCUUCCCAGAUCCUUUCUGUGGAGAGCUACUUUUCUGACAUCCAUGACUUUGAAUAUGACAAAAGCCUGGGCAGCACGCGGUUUUUCAAGGUGGCCCGGGCUAAGCACCGGGAAGGCCUGGUGGUGGUGAAGGUAUUUGCCAUUCAGGACCCCACCUUGCCUUUAACCAGCUACAAGCAGGAGCUGGAGGAGCUGAAAAUCAGGCUGCAUUCUGCUCAGAACUGCCUGCCCUUCCAGAAGGCAGCGGAGAAGGCCUCUGAGAAGGCGGCCAUGCUCUUCAGGCAGUACGUGCGGGACAACCUCUACGACCGCAUCAGUACGAGGCCCUUCCUCAACAACAUUGAGAAGCGCUGGAUCGCCUUCCAGAUCCUCACCGCCGUGGACCAGGCGCAUAAGUCCGGAGUCCGCCACGGGGACAUCAAGACUGAGAACGUGAUGGUCACCAGUUGGAACUGGGUCCUUCUAACCGAUUUCGCCAGUUUCAAGCCCACUUACCUCCCAGAGGACAACCCCGCAGAUUUCAACUACUUCUUUGACACAUCGAGGAGGAGAACGUGCUACAUCGCCCCCGAACGCUUUGUCGACGGGGCAAUGUUUGCCACCGAGUUGGAGUACAUGCGGGACCCUUCGACUCCGCUUGUGGACUUGAAUAGCAAUCAGAGGACGAGGGGAGAGCUGAAGCGAGCAAUGGACAUAUUUUCAGCAGGUUGCGUGAUUGCUGAGCUUUUUACAGAGGGUGUGCCGCUGUUUGAUCUCUCUCAGCUUUUAGCUUAUAGAAAUGGACAUUUUUCCCCCGAACAAGUGCUAAAUAAAAUUGAAGAUCGCAGCAUCAGAGAACUGGUAACGCAGAUGAUUCACCGGGAGCCGGAAAAACGCUUGGAGGCGGAGGAGUACCUGAAGCAGCAGCGUGGCCAGGCCUUUCCAGAGAUCUUCUACACGUUCCUUCAGCCCUACAUGGCCCAGUUUGCCAAGGAGACCUUCCUCUCUGCAGACGAGCGCAUUCUGGUCAUCCGGAAGGAUCUGGGCAACAUCAUCCACAACCUGUGUGGACGCGACCCUCCAGAGAGAGCGGGCGGCGAGCCCAGGGAGAGCGGGCUGGUGAUCCUGGUGUCUGUGAUCACGUCCUGCCUGCAGACCCUCAAGUACUGCGACUCCAAGCUGGCGGCCCUGGAGCUGAUCCUGCACCUGGCCCCCAGGCUGAGUGUAGAGAUCCUUCUGGAUCGCAUCACUCCAUACCUUUUGCACUUCAGCAAUGACUCUGUUCCCCGGGUGAGGGCCGAGGCCUUGAGGACGUUAACCAAAGUUCUUGCUCUGGUCCAAGAGGUUCCUCGCAAUGAUGUCAACAUCUACCCAGAAUACAUCCUGCCUGGCAUCGCCCACCUAGCCCAGGAUGACGCCACGAUCGUUAGACUGGCCUACGCUGAAAACAUUGCCCUGCUGGCAGAAACAGCUCUGAGGUUUCUGGAAUUAGUGCAGUUGAAAAACCUGAGUGUGGAGAACGACCCAGACGGUGAAGAAAUGGAUGAGGUGACACAUCCCAGUGCGAACUAUGACACAGAGCUUCAAGCCUUGCAUGAAAUGGUCCAGCAGAAAGUUGUCACUUUGCUAAGUGACCCUGAAAAUAUCGUGAAGCAGACCCUGAUGGAAAAUGGCAUCACGCGGCUCUGCGUGUUCUUCGGCCGUCAGAAGGCCAACGACGUGCUGCUGUCCCACAUGAUCACCUUCCUGAACGACAAGAACGACUGGCAUCUGCGCGGGGCUUUUUUUGAUAGUAUAGUUGGUGUGGCGGCCUACGUGGGCUGGCAGAGCUCCUCGAUCCUCAAGCCCCUGCUGCAGCAAGGCCUCAGCGAUGCGGAGGAGUUUGUCAUCGUCAAGGGCCUCAGCGCCCUCACCUGCAUGUGUCAGCUCGGCCUGCUGCAGAAGCCGCACGUCUACGAGUUUGCCAGCGACAUCGCUCCCUUCCUGUGCCAUCCCAAUCUGUGGAUAAGAUACGGUGCCGUGGGAUUCAUAACAGUGGUCGCCCAUCAGAUCAGCACAGCUGAUGUGUACUGCAAGCUGAUGCCUUACCUGAACCCGUACAUCACCCAGCCCAUCAUUCAGAUUGAAAGGAAACUUGUCCUCCUCAGUGUUCUGAAGGAGCCAGUGAGUCGCUCCAUAUUCGAUUAUGCUCUGAGGUCCAAAGAUAUAACCAGCUUGUUCAGACAUCUUCAGAUGCGGCAGAAGAAACGGACGGGGUCCAUUCCCGACUGCCCACCGCCCGAGGACCCUGCCAUCGCACAGCUGCUGAAGAAGUUACUCUCUCAGGGAAUGACAGAGGAAGAGGAAGAUAAACUUCUGGCACUGAAAGACUUCAUGAUGAAAUCUAACAAAGCCAAGGCCAACAUCGUGGACCAGAGCCACCUCCACGACAGCAGCCAGAAGGGUGUGAUCGACCUGCCGGCCUUGGGCAUGACCGGGAGGCAGGUGGACCUCGUGAAGACAAAGCAGGAACCGGAUGACAAGCGAGCUAGAAAGCAUGUCAAGCAAGACUCCAAUGUGAAUGAAGAGUGGAAAAGCAUGUUUGGGUCCUUGGAGCCGCCGGCCAUCCCCCAGGCCCUCCCCAAGGGCAGCGACCAGGACGGGAUGCAGACUGGGCGGCCGUCGCGAUCCGAGUCCUCUGCUGGCCUCGGCGUUCCCUUGUCCACCUCCCCACAGUUUCCAGAAGUGACAAAUGUUCAGAAUCGGAAACCAGCGGUCCAGGUUUUGAGCAGCACGGUGGUGCCGUCCACCUGCCAGAUUCGGAUCACGACCUGCAAGACUGAACUUCAGCAGCUUGUGCAGCAGAAGCGGGAGCAGUGCAAUGCUGAGAGGCUGGCGAAGCAGAUGAUGGAGAACGCCGAGUGGGAGAGCAAGCCCCCGCCCCCCGGGUGGCGUCCGAAAGGCUUGCUCGUGGCACAUCUUCAUGAACACAGAUCUGCUGUGAAUCGCAUUCGAGUGUCCGAUGAGCACUCGCUCUUCGCCACGUGCUCCAAUGAUGGCACGGUGAAAAUCUGGAACAGUCAGAAGAUGGAAGGGAAGACUACCACCACCAGGUCCAUCCUCACGUACAGUCGAAUCGGAGGACGUGUCAAGACACUGACCUUCUGCCAAGGCUCCCACUACUUGGCCAUCGCGUCUGAUAAUGGGGCCAUCCAGCUUCUUGCCAUCGAGGCGUCCAAGCUGCCCAAGUCUCCUAAAAUCCAUCCUCUCCAGAACAGAGCUCUGGACCCCAAGGAGGAUGGCUGCGUGGUGGACAUGCACCACUUCAACUCAGGGGCCCAGUCUGUCCUUGCCUACGCCACUGUCAACGGCUCCCUGGUCGGCUGGGACCUCCGCUCUUCGAGCAACGCAUGGUCCCUGAAGCAUGACCUGAAGUCGGGCCUCAUCACCUCCUUCGCAGUGGACAUCCACCAGUGUUGGCUCUGCAUCGGGACGAGCAGUGGGACCAUGGCCUGCUGGGACAUGCGGUUCCAGCUGCCCAUCUCCAGCCACUGCCACCCUUCGAGGGCGCGGAUCCGGCGGCUGUCCAUGCACCCGCUGUACCAGUCCUGGGUGAUUGCAGCGGUUCAGGGCAACAAUGAGGUGUCCAUGUGGGACAUGGAGACGGGGGACAGACGAUUCACGCUCUGGGCCAGCAGUGCACCGCCGCUCUCGGAGCUACAGCCUUCUCCGCACAGCGUUCAUGGCAUCUACUGCAGUCCUGCAGAUGGGAAUCCUAUCCUGCUCACGGCUGGCUCGGAUAUGAAAAUAAGGUUCUGGGACCUGGCCUAUCCGGAGCGGUCCUACGUUGUCGCCGGGAGUUCUGGUUCCCCAUCCGUGUCGUACUACCGGAAGAUAAUUGAGGGCACCGAGGUUGUCCAGGAAAUUCAGAAUAAGCAGAAAGUGGGGCCCAGUGACGACACGCCUCGGAGGGGCCCGGAGUCCCUGCCUGUGGGACACCAUGACAUCAUAACGGACGUGGCCACGUUCCAGACGACCCAGGGCUUCAUCGUCACUGCUUCCAGAGACGGGAUCGUGAAGGUAUGGAAGUAG